AUGCACCUCACCACAGUUCAGGGCUUGCUGGCCCUCUUGGCUGUGGCGCAGGCCCUGCCGGCUCAUGACAAAAGCAGCAUCGACAGCCUAAAGGCUCAUAUCAAGAACGUGGUGAUCCUGGUCAUGGAGAACCGGUCGCUUGACAACCUCCUGGGCGGGCAGAAGCAGAAGGGCCUCGACAACCCCAUCCACAACGGGCCGUUCCGCAAUCCCUACAACGUGUCGAACCUCGGCGAGGGCUCUGUUUGCUCGGCUGCCAACGGCUACGACUCCAUCACCAACGACCCGGACCAUGCCGUCUACGGCAACAACUUCCAGUUUUACGGCAGCUUCAACCCGGACAACGACGCCAUUGCGUCCGGCCGCUUGAAGCCCACCCAGCAGGGCUUUGUUCAUGAGCAGCUGCGGCUGUACGGCUCGAAGGUCAACCGCUCCACUCUGGUGCAGCAGGUCAUGAACUACUACACCGAGGAGCAGGUGCCGGUUCUUACCGCGCUGGUCAAGAACUUCGUGACCUUCAACCACUGGCACUCGGCUGUCCCCGGCCCCACCAACCCCAACCGCCUCGCGCUUGUGUCCGGCAGCUCCUAUGGCCACGGCACAAACGACGCCACCUUCACGGCCAAAGGGUUCAACCAGACGUCCAUCUUCCAGUCGCUCACGGAGAAGGGUCACCAGUGGAGGAACUACUGGGACCCGGCCGGCGGCACGGGACCCGAGGCCUCAUGGUUCCAGUGGACGUAUGACGCCGGCCUCAGCAGCAACGUGGUCAACCUGUCGCAGUUCUAUGUCGAUGCCGCCGCCGGCAACUUGACCUCGCUCAGCUUCAUCAACCCGUCGUGCUGCGGCGUGGGCACCACGUCGAUGCAUCCCACCGGCCUGAUCUCGGCCGGCGAGGCGCUCAUCAAGAACGUCUACGAAGCGCUCCGAGCCAGCCCCCUGUGGGAGGAGACGCUCUUCAUCCUGACCUUCGACGAGACCGGCGGCUUCCACGACCACGUCCCUCCCCCGCUCGCUCCCAGGCCCGACAACCUGACGUACACGGCCUCCACACCCUCCGGAGGGAAGUACACGUUCCCGUUCAACCGUCUCGGUGGCCGCAUCCCCACCUUGCUCAUCUCCCCCUGGGUGAGCAAGGGCCACGUCGAGCAGCAAGCCGCGAAUGCCGCCGGGGAGGUCGUGUCGUACUCGGCCACCUCCAUUCUGCGCACCCUGGGCUAUCUCUUUGACUUUGAGCCCUACAACCCGCGUGUGGAGUGGUCACCGUCCUUUGCGCACCUGAUUAAUUCCAAGGCUCGCAAGAACACUCCUACGGCGUUGCCUGAUGCCAAUCCUUUUAGAGCUUGA